AUGGCCACAGUCUGGCCUGGCCGCAGGUCCACCUGCAGCAGCCACAGCUUAAACACGGGGCUGCCAGCUAUCAGAGGGAAUCGCUUCCAGUUUGGGCACUGUCCUGUUGGGAAGCGCUGCCGCAGGACAUUUACCAUCACCAACCACACCUGUCACCGGUUCAUGGGCUUUGAGUGGGAGGCAGAUGACCCAUUCCAGUUCUGCCCCAAGUUCAAACUGAGCCCAGUUGUGGUUCAGUUCAAGGAUACCUUGCCCUUCCAGACAAGGACAGCCAUGACUGACUGCAGGACCUUCGUCCUGAAAAACAACAGCAUGCUGCCCAUGGCCUGGCAGCUCCGUGGGCUGGAUGACCUUGUUGAGAACUUCUUCUUGUCACAAAAUAAUGGCAUCCUUGAUCCCCGCUCAGAGUUUGAAGUGACACUGCAUUUCAAGGCUGAGCAGAUUGGCAGCAUUGAGAAGACCCUCCAACUAGAGGGAAAGCAGCCAGCAGAGACAAGGACUUUACAGGCUGUCUACCAGAAGAAUAAUCUGAACAAUGUUUGUUUCUUGCUGCCUCAGGUUUCAGAUGCAGAAAACAUCCUGGGGGUUGUUCAGACAGAAAACAUCAAAAUCUCUGCAGAGGUCUAUGAUGUUUCUCUGGGCAUUGACAUGCCUGAAGGUGCAGAUGGAAGCUUGGAAUUUGGAACAAUUAAUGUCCUGGAUAAGGUGAAGAAAGUCCUGAGUCUAAAGAUCAAAGGGAUAUACAGGAUUGAGUACAGGUUCACGCUGAAGGGUGCAGGUCCCAGGAUGCAAGACUUGGCAUCCUACUUCACCGUUACACCUCAGUCGGGCAUGGUGAAUGCCUCCCACCCUGAUGCGAGUGUUGAGAUAAUCUUCCACCCCACAAGUGAAAUCCUCCUCAAGAACAUACCCAUCCUGUACUGCCAGGUGAUAGAUGCCAGCUCAGGUGAAGGAGGCCAGGCUGUUACCAACAUCCCAAUAAGAGUGUCGGCCAAAGCCGAGUACAGCAAGUACAGCAUUGUGCCUGCCUCACCCACCGACUUCGGAGCCAUGAUCAAGGGCACCAAGAAGAGCCGGACUGUUGUGCUGAAGAACAACGGCACGCUCAGCUUCAAAUUCCACAUCCGCCGAGAACCCAAGCUUGCAUCUGCAUUGGAAAGCAAAAGUUCAAAGCAAGGGGAGUCUGCUCCAUCAGCUAAAAAGCGCUCAAAAGGAAGGAAAUCAGGCUCCUCGACACAGGGUCACCUCAGGCUUGGCAUGUUCACAGUGUCCCCCUGCUCCGGCUCCGUCCAUCCGUCACGCAUGCAGUUGAUCAAAGUGGAGUGCCUCGCAGAGCAGGAGGGGACAUGGGAGGAGCAGAUCUACAUUGACAUCAUGGACAGAGACCCCACAGACAAUCCCCUCGGCAUUCCCUUCACCCUGAUUGUCGAGACCUGCGUCCCAGGACUUGUUGAGAAUGUCGCGUCAAUCUUCAAGGAGUAUCCGAUCUGCAGCAGCGCCGACCUCAGCCACCAGCUGCAGUCGGUGAAAGGCACGGGCCUCUUUGUCAGAGAUGAGAAUAGAUUCAUCUUCAGCAAGGUUCAGGUUGGGCAAGAGGCAGAAGCCCAUUUCAGUAUCUGCAAUGCUUGCCGUCUGCCAUGUGACGUGGCCCUCUCCAUCAAACCCCUGCCUGGAGAGGAACAAAGCCUUAUCAACAACAUUUUCAAGCUGGAUCCAGUCAAGAUGUCCAUUCGUGGCUCGUCCUCUGCCGUUGCUACGGUGACCUUCACUCCGCCAGACAAGCAGAGCUACGACUGCACCUUCGAGGCUUCCCUUGAGAUGCCCAAGGGCUCGGUGGAAGUGAAACCCCAAAUCCUGACCUUCACCAUCAGUGGGAAGGGGCAGGAGCUGCCGGUGACAGUCGUGCGCCCAAGUGCUCGCAGCAAGAGGGAAAUAGCCGUGCUGCGCUUCAAAAGGCUCCAGCUGGAGGAUACAGAGAUGCUCCCCCUGGUCAUCCGUAACAACGGCAUCAAACCUGUCAAGUUUAUGUUACACCUGGAGGAUGAGCACGGAGUGUUCUUGUUGAAAGGCAGGGCCUCCACAUUCAAGACAUUCCAAACUGGAAAUGUGGAAGGGGACUCCGUCAGAAACGAGAGCAAGCCCGCAAAGCAGCCUUUCUUUCUUCUGCGUCAUGGGCAAUCGGCAGAGUUUGAUGUCAUUUUCAAACCCACCCUGGCUCAACGUCUGGAAGGGAAGAUUUGUCUGUUAGUGGGGGACUCCCGCCUGACCCUAACCGAGCUGGUGGGUGAAGGCCACAUGGAUGAAUUCACCCUUGAUGGGUUAAAGGAAGACCCCCAGGAGAGGAAUGCCAAGAGCAGUCUAAAGAAAGACAUCAUUGAUGCUGUCAGAGCAAAUCACAUCCAGUUUGGGCACUGUCCUGUCGGGAAGCGCUGCCGCAGGACCUUCACCAUCACCAACCACACCCGUACGCAGUUCAUGCGCUUUGUGUGGGACGCAGAUGCCAUAUUCCAGUUCUCCCCCAAGGUGGGACACCUCCAUCCUGGCUGUGCCAAGGGCAUCACAGUGACCUUGAAAGCAGAUGUCCCAGGCACCUUCAGGAGGCGCCUUGUGAAAUGUAAGGUGACCAAGAUCAACUUCAAGCGGCCACGAAGGAAGGUUCCAGACUGGGAUGACCAAAUGUGCAUUGUGACGUGGAAGGAUAUCCCCAGGAAAGACCUGGCAGCCAGAUGGUUUAAAAAAGAGAGGGUGGUCGAGACAGUCCCGGAACCAGCUCACACUGUGCUGGAGAAGAGCAGCCAGGAGGCUGAGGUGUACCUCAGUGCCAUUGUUUUCUACACCCAGUUCAAACUGAGCACAACCGUGGUUCAGUUCAAGGAUACCUCCCCCUUGCAGACAAGGAUAGCCACUUUCAGGCUAUCCAACACAGGGAAGGUAGCCCUGGAAUACUCCUGGGAGGAAGCUGAAGACAGUGAAGCAGUGAAGAAGCAAUACUCAUCUGCUCUGAUGCGUCAUUUCCUCUCCUCUGAAACUUUAAAGCGUUGCAGAAAGAUGCUGCAUCGUUUUGGGUGGCAGCCGGAUCGUCCUUUUGAAACUCAAUCUUCUGGGCUGCAGCUGCUGCAUCAGCUGGCCAAGCGGCUGCAGCAGCAGCAGGAUUCUGAGCAGCAGCAGCAGCAGCAGCCUGAGCAGCAGGACCAUCCCAAGCUGUGCCGCUCAAGGCGUGUUGGUUCCGCCCUGGAAAUCCUGCCAGAUCCCUUCCAUGACCUGCCACUGUUCUCCAUCAAGCCCUGCCACGGCAUCAUCGCCCCUGGCCAGAAGCAGGCCUUUCAAGUGCGGUUCUCCCCAAAGUGUGAGGGGACAUUUGAGACCACCCUGCAGUGCAGGAUUCCUAACCCGAAGCCAAAUCAAAAAACGGGGCAGGUGAUUGUGAAAGCCCGGGAACAGAAGAGUCUUGGUAAACCAUUAGAGCAGAGAGAGAAAGGCCAGAGAGCCAAGAAGCAGAAACCAGCACCUAAGGGGCAGAAUUUGUGUCAGCUGGAGUCUCCUGAAGGAACCAGCAACAUCGUGCCUUCUGCUGCUGCUGGUCUCCCACCCUUCACCAGAGACCUCUGCAGCCCUCACCUCCCGGCCCACGCCAAGAGUGGCUGCACCCUCUCUGCCCCUCGAGCCGGUCUGGGUGGCAGCAGAGCAGGGCUGCCCAACUCCUAG